AGCAAUUUGACGAGUCGGAUGGCCACCUUCGUCGACGUUGUGCUGCGCCAGCCCGAGCUGUUUGCCGUCGUCACUGGCUACCAGGAUGGCGUCUGCCAAGCCGUCGCGACUCGAUUCCGCGACUUCCACCACCUUGUUGACUUUGAAGCGACGCAGGGCCAGUACGAGGGCGUCUACUUGCUCGACCCAGGGCUCUUCCGCACCUCGUACCGUGAAUGGAACAACCCAGAUGCGCCGCCCGAUGCUCUCACCACGGAAGAGCUCUACCUCAAUUUGCACAACACGCGGGACCCUCGCUUCCCGCUGCACUUGGCGAUACUCGAAGGCGAUCUGGCGGCGACCACAAGCAUCUUGCGCUGCCGCCCCGACCUCGCGUACCAAGAGGCUAUCGAAGCUGCGAUUCACCACGACCAUCUCGACAUCGCCACGUACCUCUUGGAGCAGCGGGCGACGCGUGUGCCAGAGCUCAACCGCAACUUUGAAGACGAGUUCCGCGGUCGGCCGUCGCGGCUUCUCGACGACUGGCUGCCUUCUUGCCACUCGACGCUCUACAAGAACGACGUGUCCAUUUUGGCGCUACUCUGGGCGCACCGGCAACGCGAUUGGGACAGCAACGACGUCGCACGUGCAGCGCUCGGGUUCAACGCGUUUGACGUACUUGGGUUUUUGAUUGAGCACCUGCCGACGUCGGCGCUUCAUGGCCUCUUUGACGCGGUGGCUGGGCAAGGCCAUUUGUCUUUGGUCGAGGCAUUGCACGCUCGCGGACUCG